AUGCAGAGCCCCAGAAAGAUUGCGAAGAUGAAAUCUCCAACCUUCCAGCAUCUCACCGAAAACAACCAGUCAGCGAGACCACACUCCAAUGGCUCCUCCUCAUAUGGAGACAUCCCGCCGCAGAGUCCUAUCAUAUCAGGGAUUCCAUCUCGCGACUCAGCCGCCCACAUUCAGAACAUGCCACGAGAAAUCACCCACAAGAUUUUCUCAUACCUGCUCACCAAUCCCAUUCUCGGAACCGGUACCGCCAUCACCACGAUCGCAGAUCCUGUCAAGAACGGGAAGCGAGUAGUCAACGUACCCAAGUACGAAUUGCAUCCCGCGAUCCUCCGCGUUUGCAAGCAGAUGUAUUACGAUGGCGUCCACGUACUUUACCAGCACAAUGAAUUUAUUAUGGAUUGCACAAAUUGGAUGUAUCGGGAUGAUUCCAAUGAGGAGCUAGGUGGAAUCUAUGAGUACACGAGUAGUUAUGAUCAAGACUAUUUUCCCAUCACGACUGCUCUGAAUGUCUCACCAUUGACUCGAUAUGCUGAACACUCUAACGUGGCUCCAACCGAGCAGGAUUGGGAAUACCAGGGGAAUGAAUUCUUCUAUGAACAACCAACUUUCAAUCGUCUCGUGGGUCCUCAAGCCCGAUAUGUUCGGAAGUGGAAAGUCAUCGUACGUGGAGAUGAGGGUCAUUACACCCACAGAUUCGACGAAGCUGCAUUGGCACAGUUCUGUCAUGCAAUCAGUCAAUGUCAAGACCUCUCGCUAUCUUUCAUCGUUUGCAUAGACAAAACAUCGGAACAGACCCGAAAAGCAACUCGUGCGGAUUUUGCCAGACAUUUGAGUUUUGAAGAAAUCUUCGCUCCUCUCAAACUACUGAGGAAUUUGCAAAGUGUAGAGUUCAAAGAAGCACAUUCCAAUAUUGAUGAGGAAAAAGGUGGAGAGGAGUUUCCCGAGUCGCUCCCUGUCUAUCUCGAUGAGAUUCAUCAAAUGGUCGAGGACUCUGCAGCGACUCUCACAUCGGGAAAAGAGAAGGACAAGUACAUCGAUUUAAUGAAGGGGUCUUCGCCAUUAGCCGAUCCCAUCAAACCUAAUAGCGUGCCUGAAUUCAGACAGGACAUAGAUGUGGGCAACUUAGAUACUACCAAUCAACACAAAAAGUCAUACAAUACGCUUGAGGGCACUCUACGACAAGCACGAGCAGCAGCAUUGCUGUUAUCAGAUAUUGAAAAUGAUCAAUUCCAGAGAAUCAAGCGCUGUUUUUCCAAAUUAAACGACUUCAACUUGCAGGAUAGGGUCUUUCGCGGAAUGUUGUGUCAAGGAGAAUUCCACGACCGCAUUUAUGAGGAUCAGGGAUUUAUGUUGGAUCUUAACAAGAGUUCGCCCGAGACACGUCACUGGCGAGAGAAGAUCACUACCGCUCUUCUUUUGCUGGAAGAGUAUGCCGAAUCUUUGGAAAUAGACUUGAAUAAGAAUUCUAUAUACCGCCCGGGAUAUCGACUUCUAAGUCCUGGAGCCUAUGUUAAGGAUCCUGCAAGAGAGAAAUUGUUGCGAAGAGUCAGAAAGGCGCACAAAUUUCGGGAUUAUGGCUUUUUCAUACACUGCUUCCAGAAGGUUGUCAACCAGUUGAAUGAUCAAUAUAUUGAGAUCCUAAAGGCUAAACAAAAUCUCUUCCGAUGGGAUUCUAGACCUACUCCAAGAGGAAUUGAUAUUCCUGAUGGGAAUGUUGAGAUAAUCUUUGAUCGUAACAUCGAACCGGUGGAAUGGAAUAUUCGCGAUUUCGACUACAGUCACAAGCCAGGGAAACGAGUACGGGAGACUACGAAGGAAGCGCCGUCACCUGCAAAGCGACAGCGUCAUUCGAGAUAG